AUGAGACUCACCUUCAUAAUCACCACAUCAACCACCGCCCUCACCCUCACUCUCGCAAACCCACUCACCUCUCCCCAACCCUCCUCAAUCAACAGCCCCUGCGGCCAAACCCUCGGCGACUGUGCCGACCCCUUCACCUGCAUCCCCCUCUCCGUCAACUGCACCCGCUGGGUCAGUUCCCUCAACGAAGGCUGCCCAGGCACCUGCCAACAACUCGACCUCGCCCAACAAAAAAUCUACACGCUCUGCGGCGGGUGGGAGUUCCGAGACGACUGCAACGAGAGCGUUGAGGCGUGCGUCGCUGAUCCGCGGCAUGUAGACCAAUGCGGCCCGUCGUGCGAUGGGAUGGGGAUUUGCUGGCCGUGGGCGGAGAGUUGUGAUGAGGCUACACGGUUGGAGUGUCCUGAGGGAAGGGUGUGUUUUGUGGAGAGGGGAAUUUGUUUGCCGUUGCGGUUUGGGUCGGAUUAUUAUGAGAAGACACGGUUGGAAGAGGAGUAUCGGACUGAUCAGGAUGGGUGGCAGGGGGAUGAUGAGUCGUGA